GAAAGAUAGGGUAUGCUGAGGUUUUCAAGGGAUGCUUGCCAGAUGGCCAGCUCAUAGCAGUUAAGCGCAUGAAUAAAGGAUCAUUGGAAGACCAAGAAGGAAACUUUCUAUCUGAAAUUGGAACUAUAGCACAUGUUGAUCAUCCUAAUACUGCAAAGAUGAUUGGGUAUGGAGUUGAGGGGGGGACUUAUAUUGUCCUUAAGUUAUCAUCGAAAGGGAGUUUAAGGUCACUUCUUGAAGGUCCAAAGGAAACACUGCAUUGGGAGAAUAGGCAUAAAAUCAUUCUAGGUAUAUCAGAUGGCCUGCUUUAUCUUCAUGGGAAUUGCCGAAGACGGAUUAUUCAUAGAGACAUCAAAGCUGAUAAUAUUCUACUUACAGAGGAUUUUGUGCCAGAGAUAUGUGAUUUUGGCCUAGCAAAAUGGCUUCCCAAGGAAUGGACCCAUCAUAAUGUAUCAAAUUUUGAAGGCACUUUUGGGUAUAGAAGCACUGUAAAUCUUGAUAUUGCCCACUGUGUAAGAUAUGGAAACGCUAAAUUAAUCUUUUCCUGUCACUGAUAGCUAUUUUGCUCCUGAAUACUUUAUGCAUGGCAUGGUGGACGAGAAAACGGAUGUCUUUUCUUUUGGAGUGUUGCUUUUGGAGAUUAUAACAGGUCGACCAGCAGUCGAUGAUACACAAAAAAGUAUUGUGCUUUGGGCAAAGCCUUUCCUUGAUAGUGAUGAUGUUGAGGGACUUGUGGAUCCUGCUCUUUGUAAUGCCUAUGAUAAACAGCAGAUGGGUCGAGUGGUUUUGACCGCAUCAUUGUGUAUAGAGCAGAACCCCGUUUUGCGACCCCGGAUGAGUCAGGCAAGUCUUUAUUUUGCAACUCUACAGAACUUGAAAUGGAUUUACCUAACAGAUAGCAAGCUCAAACAUGCAUCACUUAUGUUACAAAAAAUGUUUGGAGAAAUGUGUAAAAAGGGAAAACUAUCAAAUUGGCCCCCAAAGUAUUCAAAAAAACCAAUUAAGCCCCCGAACUAAAAACACAAUCAAUUAAGACCUCAAACUUUACAAAAACAUUCAAAAUCGAAAUUUAAGAGGUUAAUUGCCGGUCAACCAGUCACUUGUCUACCUGGCUUAUUUUUUAAUUUUUCAUUUUCUUUUUUCUCCUUUUUUCACCUUCUUCCGCCAGCCUCUUUCUUUCUCUCCCCUUCUUCUCUCUUUUCUCGCCGGUUCUUGUUUCUUCUUCCUCUGGUACCUCCCUUCUUGUUCUGUAUUUCUCUUGUUCUUCCUCCUUUUUCUUAUUCCGCCCCAGGCCUUCCCUUCUUCUUUCUUACGAGCAGAGCAAACCCCUGAACUUUGUCCAUGCCGGUGACUUAUCUUCCUUGCCGGCGGCUUGGGCGGCAGAGCUCUUGAGCUUCCUCUUCGAAGGAGACGACUUCGUCUUCAACACAGGUCAUUGGCGAGACAGUACAAAUUAGUGUGGGAUAUCACUGACGACUUCUUCUUGUUGCCUUUGAAAUCGACGACAUCGAUCUAUCUGAAAUCCAUGGCGCCAUAGUUUCUUGCCUGGGAGAAGUAAGAAGCAUGGGGAGGGCUGUCAUAAUUCCUUGUCUGGAUGAAAAAGAAGCAGGGGAGAAAGGAUUUUGUUCUAUUCUCCUAUUUGCUUGUCUCGAAAAGGAAGGUGUAAAAGAAUGGGGGAUUGGGGAUUGCAGAAGAAGUAGGUGGAGAAGAAUGGGGGAUUAGGGGCGGCCGAAGAAGAUGAAAAAAAGAGUAAAAGAAAAAAUGAUUAAAAUAAUCUAUUUGGACUGCCACGUAAGCAUAAUGACUGGAUGGCCCAAAGCAUACCUACUAGAUUACACAUUUGAGUUUUUUUUGUAAAGUUUAAGGUCUCAAUUGAUUGUGUUUUUAGUUCGGGGGCUUAAUUGAUUUUUUUGAAAACUACGGGGGCCAAUUUGAUAGUUUUCCCGUGUAAAAAUUACUACCUCCAUCACAAAAUGAAAGUUCAGAUUGACUUUCACAGUCUUCUAUAAAUGUUUUGCCAUUAUA